AAAGAAAAAGGUUGCAAUAGAGAGUCAAAGAAGAAGAAGACUGAUGGGAACAAAGAUGUGGAUCCUCAGCUGUGGCAUGCUCUUGCUGGAACAAUGGUGCAGAUUCCAAAAGUUAACUCUAGCAUCUUCUACUUCCCUCAAGGUCAUGCUGAGCAUGCAUGUGAACCUGUCAAUUUUAGUGCUAACUCCAAAAUUCCAUCCCAAAUUUCAUGUAGAGUUGCAGCAAUCCAUUAUAGGGCUGAUCCUCACACAGAUGAAUUGUAUGCAAAACUUAGGCUUGUUCCUCUGAGUAAUACCGGCGUUAGUUUUGAUGAUGACGCUGUUGGUGGCAUCAAUGAUAUGCCCGUAACUAGAAAUAAAUAUAAAUCUUAUACAAAAACCUUGACACGUACUGAUGCUUCUAGUGGAUUAUUUUGUCCUAAGAUCUGUGUAGAAACCAUUUUUCCUCCAUUAGAUUAUCUAGGUAACCAUACUUCCCAGGACAUUUAUGUCACGGAUGUUCACGGUGAAACAUGGGAAUUCAAACAUGUUUGUAGGGGCACGCCAAAGGUGCAUAUGUUAACAACUGGGUGGAGUGAUUUUCUAAAAGAUAAGCAGUUAGUUUCGGGGGAUUCCCUUGUGUUUUUGAGGGCUGAAAAUGGUGAUAUUCAUGUUGGAAUUCGAAGGUCUAAAAGACAAAACGAUAUUGGAGUUAACCCUUCAUCAAAGAGGAAACUUGGUAGUGAAAAUGGAAUUCGUAUUGGAUCAUCCUACUUCGGACUUACCUCGUCUUCAGAAGAGAUAGAUAAUAAACUUCAACAAAAUGAUCAAGAAAAUGGAUGGAGAAUAAGUGAUAAGAUUAUGGGGAGGGGAAAAGUGAAGGCUGAAGAUGUUCUUGAAGCAGUAAGACUUGCUGUCAAUAUGCAGCCGUUUGAUGUCGUUUACUAUCCUCGGGUUGGUACUCCCGAGUUUUUUGUGAAACCCUCUUUGAUUAGAAAAGCACUCCAAAUUAGGCGGUGUUGUGGAAUGAGGUUCAAGAUGGCCAUUGAAAUGGAAGACUCGUCAAGGACACAUUGCUUUAUCGGAACAAUUGCUUCUGUUCAGGCUGCUGAUCCAGCAUGGCCUGACUCUCUUUGGAGACUUCUGCAGGUUACUUGGGAUGUAUCUUAUUUACUUAAAAAUACGAAAAGGGUGAAUCCGUGGCAAGUGGAAAUAGUAUCGAACAUGCCACCGUCAAGGAAGAAACCGAGAUUGCUUGAAUAUCAAGCUUUCCCCAUUGAUGGCCAAUUUUCAAUGCCAGUUUUUCAUUUACCAGAAACUAGUCCUGCUGGUAUGCAGGGAGCCAGGCAUGAUCCUUUUGGUCUCUCUUUAUCAGACCUUCACAUCAAUGAGUCUCCAUUGGGUCUCCUGAAUCCUAAUUUCCAACAACCAUUUGAUCACAAUGCUACACCAUCGAUGACAGUCCCGAGUAACGCUGUAUUGCAAAAGGCGAAUGACAGUGAGAAUGUUUCGUGCUCAGCAUCAGAGAAGCAGGAUCAUGCAAAGCCGACUCAGAUUGUGCUUUUAGGCCAAACCAUUAGGAUUGACCCGGGGCAUGAAAAUGCUGUGAAGAAAAAACUGAAUAAAUGUGAGUGGAUCCUAUAAACAUGUUUGGUUUAUAAGAAGUUAACUAUGUAUUCUUACAAUUACACGUUUGUUUUCAAUUCUGAUUCAUCUUGCAUCAUGUG